CGGAAGUCCUGUAGCGAAAUCUUAACUCCAGUUUUCCAUGAUAUCAUGCAGCAGCCGACGGAUGCGGAAUGGCAAUUCCGUUAGCAGUCACAUGGUGGCGUCCUCAGCCGCUGUGAAAAGUCGCAUUUGGAUUUCAUAGCCGAGAUUUGUUGCAAUGUUAAAAGAAUACACGUCAAUACUUCCCGGUAUUUACUGCUGGCUUACCCUCCGGCCAUCACUGACACAAAGGCGUUCUGGUGCAGCUCCGAUUGGUGAAUUCUGAAUGGUGAAACGCCAGCGUAGAGCAGCCGCGAGUUGUUGCACGGCUGCAAGUUGAUGCGAGGCACCUGGACUGACGAAACCGAUCGCUGGCAGUAACGAAGUUUGGAACUUUGGCAUGGAAAUUAUCAGCAAUUCCGUAAUGAGAUUGUAUAUCGCUAUCUUGAAUUGUUAUCACCUCACCAGUCAGUUGUCGGAAAGUACUGCUGGAGAAUUUUUCAAGGCGCUAAAAUUGUUGAGGAUGUUUUAGAAUUGUACAUCGGCCUACUGUUCAGUGUGUUAAUUCGCGCAAACGUGAAUGUGAGCGCAAUUCCGCCGUGGAACAGGAAUAACAUAACAGAAACUGAAUACUGACCUGCAUUUAUUUACUGGAAUUUGGGAGUAAUAAGGAUUUUUGACCCACGAAUCUGCGAUGGUAGAUGAUUCGUGGAUGCUGCGGAGGCUACUCUCAUCAUGGGUGAAACAUACGAUGCCGUCAGGGAUCGUGAUGAAAACAACAAACCAGAAGCACUUGACACUGUUACUAUAAGCAAAUUUCACGAUCAUAAUCCCAUCGUCGGUGCCCUGAACGCAUCUUUAUCGCUAUCGACAUCGCUGAACUCUGAUUCGAAUUCAUCGUCAAAGUCCAGUAGUCCAGAUCACGUGGUCCCGUCGCAGAAAGCCGUCAACUCUCCGCAUCGCCUGUCCACAUCGUCGGGCGCAUCGUCACCGCAGACUGACGGGAGCAUUAGCAUUAGCUACCGACGGCCGGUCGGCAGUAGUCAUUUGAGUCCCGAUGCAUCUCAUAACGGACUCUGCGCUGCUGAGGCAGCAUCCGACCAUGGACGUAAUGUGGUCACUGCGAUUAGUACGAAACGGAAAGUGGGUAGCGCAAGGAAGACCAAGAAAGUCAGGUCGAAAAUUGGGAGAACAAAGAAAGCAACCAAGAGCCGUGAGCAGGAUAUCGAGGAAGAUUCGGAUACCGACUACGUUAUCAGAUGUAUUUGCGGAUUCAGCGAUAUGUUCGACAAGCAGAUCCAGUGUGAACAAUGCGAGGUGUGGCAGCAUUUUGGCUGUAUGGGCAUUGAGCCGGCCACCGUGCCAGACUGCUACCUGUGCGAAGUUUGCGAUCCCCUCACAUUUCGACCCCUGCGGCAUGAUGAGGCCAGAGAACUGCAUCGAAGUCUGAUGCCACGCGAUAAUCAACUCUCAGGGUCUACAGAAAUUCCCAAAAAUAAGAACGCACGCCGUAAGAAGUCGGCGGACACCACCAGUAUACCCCCCACCACCCCCACUCCUCGCCAGCCUGAUCUCAUUCAGUCCGAUAAGAAACGCGUUACGACCAGCGAAACCCGCUCUCGUCAGUCUUCAGUCGAAGCGGUGCUGAAAUCCACUCAUCGCACCGAUGAUUGUGGUGAAUUAUCCCGAGAUGAUAGGAAAAUUCUUCAAUAUGAGCAAAUGUUCAAGCGGAUGGAAGAGCGUCGCGAUAAAAAAAAACGUAAACGGACUCACGAUGAGAAUUCUCUCGGCUCACCGACGCGUGAGUCCACGAAAGAACGGGAACACCUCGACGACGAGAGCCACCAGAGCCAUGGCGAGAGCACAAAUCCUCCUCCGUCACCACCUUUUGCCAGUAUUAUUGAUUUUCCGCCUCCCCUGCCCACUAGCAGUGAUCCGAUCGUUAUUAGUGAACAGUUUGCGGCGCCGGCAUCGACCAGUGCACCGAUCAGCACCCCGGUAAAGAUUUCACUGAAAGCCAAACGUUUUGCAUACCGUGCGAAAUCGGUAGUGGAAAGGUAUGUGGAAAAAGAUUCGCCAUUACCGCUUCCGGAGAGUCCAUCCAGUUUAUCCGAAAAAGUGGAGUCGCCGACGAAUGUGGAAACGCCGACAACAGCUGUACCAACCGCUGAGCAGAAGUCACGGUUUUCCUUGCGGUUGCGUAAUAACGCCGUCAGCAGGUCGACAGAAAACGGUGAAGAGAAUAAUGCACGGAUUGAGUUGAAUAGCAUGAAGAAGCGGAAGAAGGAGGGAGAAUUGAUGGAUGACAUUGAAAUGGGUCUACCCAUGGUGAUGCUGCCGUUGAAUAAGCGGAAGAUACGAACAGUGAGCUUCAUCGACGCGUACUAUAGUUCCAUGGCGGAUAUGCAAACGGAAACGGAUAUGCAGAAGGCCACGCGAAGGAAUCGGGCGUACAGCGCCAGUGAAGAAUUCGAGCAGAUCAAAUUCACGGCGGAACGAUGCCGGCUGUAUCGGUUGUACGGAUUGAAGAAGGCUGUUUUGCGCGGUACAAGGAAGAAGAUGAGCCAACACGUAUGUUGUCUUCAUGAUGUUUUUUUUAACCUAAUACCAUCCACAUCAGAGUGUUCGUCGAUAGCGGAUGAAUCCGCUGCGCAGUUGAAGGAUUUGGAAAGUACAGCGAGGCCACUGACGCAGUCCUGUUUGGCGCGAUAUGGAGGCAUACUGCCGUUGAAACGAUCGAGAACGGUGCGGGCUAUGAUCGAGGAAAGUAUGCAGAAGAAUCGGGACGAAGAGCGCGCUCAUCACAACAGUCAAACACUCCGCAAGGAGUGCAUGGCCUCUGUGAAGAUGGAGUCGGAUAUUCCUAAAAGUGACGUGCUGCAACGAAUGAUGGGCCAGGAGACAGCGAAAAACACCGCCAGACUGCCACGAUCCGAGAAAAAGUCGGAGAAUGUACGCUUGUCGGUGCCAGAUGGCAGCGGCCUUGGAGCCGCCAAAUCAGCUGAUGUGUUGAGCAAGUCAGCCAGUAAGACCGUGCAGUCAAGCGGCGGGGAAGUGAUCGCAACGUCACAGUCGACGGCACAGUCAGCCGUGCCGAACGAACACACUGCCCCGGCGACAAAAAAACCCGACGAGAAGCUGAAGGAAUCCAGUGUACCGGCAGUACCAUCACCAACGGUGAAUUCCCGGAAUUCUCUGCCGGUUACUCCUACUAAAAAGUUAUCAUUGGCUGAAUACCGGCAGUGGAAAGCAGAGAUGAACCGACCCGUUAACAGUGCCGCAUCGGUUGCGGUGCCAGCUGUGAAAGUUGCCCUGCCUGCCACAUUGCCCCCGCCAUCCCAACCGGUUUCCUCAUCACCGGCGCCAGCGAUACCGCCAGCGCGGACUUCGGUCAUACACCGCAUCGGCAGCGUUACCCCUAGUAACGAACCGCGCACAGAGCUGCCGGCGAGUCGCGUGGACAAGCCACCUCCUCUGCCGCCGCCCACGAAACCGGAGAAGCCCAUACCCCAGCGGCACACGGUGAAGGUCAGCAUUCCCCAUCACGCAGCGUUGGUGGGCCGGCUAAAACCGGAUGACAAAACUGCUGGGGGAAAGGUGAAUGAUGGGGCGUUUAUGCCACCGCCUGUUCCCUAUGUACAGACGCAUUUCCGUCCGGCGCCCAUGUUGGCCGCGCGCAAUAGCGCCAGCAGCAUGGCUGACAGUAUGAAAUCACAGUUGAAUAUGGUGUGAGCGACAUGGAGUGAAAUGUGGGGAGGGGUCGAGGGGGACCUGGAGGAUGGGAGGGAUUUUGCACAUUUCGUUGUAUUAUAGUGGCUUUGUUUCUAACCGUUUACAAAAUGGAGAACAGCCUAGGGUUUAUAUGUCGUCGCUUUUUUGAUUGUAUUAAUCGACGUGUUUUAUUCCGUUUGUCUAUUUGUGGAAAAUUCCGAUCAUCUUCUUUGAUUUUGGCAUUAUGUUCGACUACUUUCGUUUUUGUGCUGGCUCUGGAGUGUGAGAGAGACGUCGUCAGAUUCGUAAAUGCAAUGCACAUCGAUGCACGAAACAGUAAUGGCCUAUUGUGGACGGUUACAAGAGUUAUACGGAAAGAAGUUAUUGGACUGCACACGCUAAUUCGGGAACCCCGGCUGAAGCUCGUCUUCUUUGGUGGCUAAUAUAUGGCUGAUUUCAUUUGCGCGGUUAUGUGUGUUCACUGUUGGCUGGUAGUUUUGGUUGUCUUGAUUGACGCACCUCUACAUGCUACGGCUGUAUUAGUAUGUUUCUUUUGGAAAUCAGAGUUUAUUUUGUUGUUGUUGUUUAUUUCAUACAGUAUUUCCUGUUUUUUUUCAAUAACAGUUCACGUUUUUAUGCUAUUUGGCGAUCAGCAGUCGCUUUGUAACCACAAGCAUAUAAAAAUUACGCCCUAUUAAACUGGCAUGUCCUUGG